UCUUUGCACAACACAAUUCAUUUGGUAUCUGUACACAUCGAAAUCUAAGCUAUUUCACAACAUUAAAUCAAACAACAUUCGCAAUUGUUCGGAAAAAUUGCAAAAAUGCCAUAAUUUGAUCAAAAAAUUGUUGAAAAUCAACACAACGAUGAGCGACACAGUGAAAGAGCAGUUGUUCGAAGAAGACAACGAUUUGGCACGAAGCAAUUGCGAUAAGUUGUAUCUGGAUUCAACGACCGCUGAUGUGAAUUUCGUGUUUGGUGAAGGCAUCGACAGCGUUACGGCCCAUAAAAUUCUCUUAGCUUGCGUCAGUACGGUAUUUCACACGAUGUUCUACGGUUCGUUACCUGAAAAAGGAGACAUUGUUAUUGAAGAUGCAUCUCGCGACGCGUUCAAAGAGUUUCUGCAAUUUUUCUACUUGAGCAAAGUGCGACUUUCAUCGGAACACAUCUUUCAAGUGGUGAAUUUGUGCAAGAAAUACGAGAUGGCCGAUGCGUUGAAACGCUGCGAAGCUCCGAUGCAAAAGUCAUUGAAAGUCAACAACAUGUGUACGGGUUAUUCAGUGGCAUUACUGCUUGAGAUGAAAAAUGUCAUCGAAUUCUGCGAACGAGAAAUCAAAGAGAAGCCAACCGAAGUUUUGAAAUCGACUAAUUUCUUGGAAUGCGACCACAAACUUCUCGACAAAAUACUACAGUUGGUGUCAUCGAAGUGCAGUACAUCAGCCAUUGUCGAUGCAUGCAUGGCUUGGGCCAAAACCGAAUGUGAACACAAAAAUGUGCGCAUAAGUCCAGCAUCUUUGAAGACACAGCUCAAAGAUUCACUCGAACGAAUACCGUUUGCUGAAUUGACCAAAGGACAGUUCGCUGAAUUUAUCGCUGCGUAUAAUGGGUUUUUCCUCAAGAAAGACUUGGAAGAAAUCAUUUUGGAGGUGAUGUCAAAGAAAGCAAAGGCAAAUGUUCCAGCCCCUCAACCGUUGUACGUACUGGACUGUGACAGACGGUUGAAGAACAAAGCACAUGUGUAUGUUCGGCUCACAAUGCCAAACUUCAGCACCUUUGAUACAAACGCACGACUUUUGCUCACGGAAUUCUAUGUCGCAAAAGCCGCACUCCCAAAAGCAUUACUCGCUCUGGCAAGACUAUAUACCCGUGGCAAGGAAUUGAGCGGAACGGUAAUUGAUCUCAUCCCAGAUAAGACCACUCAUGUCGUUCUACCCAACCCGAUUAUCAUCGAUCCAAAAGUUGCAUACAACCUAACCAUUGAGGGGAGUGGCAAUAUUGGCUUCAAGAAAAAACCACUUGCCAAUCAAAUCAAAAUGAGAGACGGCAUCGAAAUCAAUUUUCUCAGUAGCAACAGUAUUAUCACGCGUCUGGUGUUCCAGCAAAUCAUCGGCUACUGAUGACAUCAAACUUUUUUUU